CAUAAUUAAUAAGAUAAUAAAGCUUUGUCCUACCAACUACUGAAAAUUUGCCUUGUAGUUGAAGCAAAUAGAAAAGGCUGAAAAGGCCAAAAUGCGGUGGCCCGAGGGAACCGAGGCGAGAACAGUCAAUCAUUCAUACAUCACUGCACAUGCCUUUGAGUUCUGUCUUCCUUGAUUCUGCUCGCAUUGCAUAAGAUAAAAUCUUUCGCCAUCCCAAGCCGAGCUCAUCUUUCAUUCAUGCCAUGUUAGACACGUUCCCUAAAAUCUAGUGUUCCGCAACCCCAUGCGAACUUCAGCUCUUUCUUCUUCUUCUUCUUCUUCUUCUUGUCUUGCUUACAUAGCCUCUGCAAAUCUUGCUACUGCAUUAUAACUGCAAAUUCAACUCUCUCGCCCCCCAAUUUCUUGUCCCUGUUUUUUAGCAAGGUCUUGUUUCUUCAAACUGGGACACUCGCCCUCGAAUCUUGAAACUCUUGACUGACCAUCAGUCAGAUCAAAAGCUGCGUCUUUUCACACUCUCUUCUGUCAUGAGAAACACCCACACGCUCAAACUCGUUUUUGGACUAGCUGCAGCUGCCGCUGCAUUUGCUCUGUUCCUCUUCUUUUACUUCUACCGAAAUGUAUCCCGAACAUAUGGUCAAAGAGCAGACUUGGAGAAUUCAGACGAAACGUACGAAGAUCAGACGGAGGUGGAGGACCUGAUGACGUUCCAAGGAAGCGAGGAUCUCACGAUUGGCGACAUCUUGGAGGCUCCAGGAGAGGUCAUAGGGAAGUCCAGUUAUGGGACCCUGUACCGGGCUGUGUUUGAUCAGAGCAACUCGCUGAAGUUGUUGAGGUUCUUGAGACCGGUUUGCGUCACUAGAAGUGAAGAAUUUGCCGAGGUGAUUGAGACUUUGGGAAGUGUCAGGCACCCAAAUUUGGUUCCUUUACUGGGGUUCUAUUCUGGGCCAAGAGGAGAGAAAUUGCUGGUCUAUCCAUUCUAUAGGAAGUGGAAUCUGGCAGAGUUCAUCAGAGAUGGAAGUAAAAAUUCUCUCAGAUGGGCCACCAUCUACGAGAUCUCAAUGGGCAUAGCCGAAGGAUUGGAUCAUCUUCACACGGGACUAAUGAAGCCUAUAAUCCACGGGAAUCUAAAGUCGAAGAACAUUUUCUUGGACCACAAUCACCGGUCGUACGUCUCGGAUUUCGGCUUGCAUUUGCUGUUGAACCCGAUGGCUGGUCAAGAAAUGCUCGAAGCAUUGGCAGCCGAGGGCUACAAAGCUCCUGAGCUCAUCAAAAUGAAAGAAGCAAGUGCAGAUUCCGACAUAUACAGUCUCGGCGUGAUCUUGCUCGAAAUGCUUACAGGGAAGGAACCGAUCAAUGGGAAAGCAUCUUCCGACGAGGAGUUUUAUCUACCAAACUACAUCAGAAGUGCAGUACUUGGUCGUAGAGUCUCAGAGUUAUAUCAUCCUGAAAUUCUUUCAAGCAAUGGAGGCGGCAGCGGCGGUGUUUCGGUUUCAGAAGAGCGCGUGCUCAAGUUGUCUCAACUUGCAAUGGCCUGCUGUUCCCCAUCUCCUUCUCUCAGACCGACGGCAAAGCAAGUCCUAUGGAAGCUCGAGGAAAUCGGGAAAUGAGGACUCAAUCCGAGUUCAUCAGACAGAGCCAGAAUCUGAGUAAUGGUAGUGUAGGUCUAGGUAUAAUCUGACGGUUAAAUUAAAAGCCGAGACUUGGUUUCAUUUUGGUGAAAGCCCUGUGACAGCGACAACGAAGACUAUGAUGUUUCGUGUGUAUAGAGUUCCAUUUACUAGGAAAAAAACCUUUGAAAGUUUCAGCUACCCGACAAACAAUAGCGGAUGGCAGCGGCAUUGAUUUUCAUGGCGGUUCUGUUUGUGGGCAUUACCGAUUCCCUGAAGAAACAGGCGGAUGCGUCAGCUAUUCGAAAGGAUUGGAGAUUUGGUGAUUUGGGUUUUGUCCCGUUUCAAGAUUCUCGAUAGGGUACCAGAAUUAUCAGCUACCGUAACAACCUGUGGAUUCCUACUGGUCCCCCAUCUUGAUUGGGGAGGCUAGGCUACUAAAUCCUGAAAUUGAAGAUAUGACAUUGGGAUUGAUAGAUAAUUUGGGUGUCCGGAUCUUUUGUUCAUUUCUUGAGCAAAGAAUGUCAGGCGCCAAUGGAAGCUGAAGUGCUCAUCUGGGUGUCACAUUUUUUUACUUUUGUUGUCAAGGUGAUGCCCUGUUCAUAGUGAUUAAAGAAUAUCUGGCACCAAUGAAAUGUAAAGUGCUUGCUCAAGUUGGCAUACUUUGUCA